AUGCCCACCCCCCUCAAGUCUUGUGUGGCAUGCAAGGCAUCGAAGGUCAAGUGCGACGCGUUGGCGAUGCCGCCCGGCCAAAAAUGCACGAGGUGCGCGAGGCUUGGGCUGAGGUGCGAGCAGGCCAAGGCCUCGCCGCGGACCAAGAGGGGCGCUUCCGUGGGGGAUGUACCUCAAGCAAGGGCAAACGGCGAAGAAGUGGAUGCGUCGAUUGCGUAUCUCAAGAGCAUCCUCAGCUCCGGCGGGGAAACCUCGCCUCCAGAGUCGCUCGUGUACAUGCUCCGCUUCCACGCCGCGAUGGCGCGCAGCCGCGGCUCGUUCGAUGGGAUGAGCGGCGUCUUGCGCGCCUGCUCCGCGCUCGGCGUGCCGCUCCAGCAGGUGCUCUCCCUUCCAAAGGCGAUGCCGCCGCCGGAGGGCCCGCUCGAGCUGCCCGGUCAGUCCGAGGCCAUGCUGGGUCACCCGGGAAGCUACGUGCACGUGCGGCACCUGCGGGACGGCUGCCCGCACCUGCGCUCCAACUUUGCGUGGGAGAGCGCGAUCCUGCCGAUGGCCGAGACGAUCUCCUCCUUCGAGGGCACCACCCCGCUCUGCCCGCUCGAGCGCGCGCUGCACGCAGAGGACCGGCCGCUCGCGCUGCAGCUGCUCGUCUCCGUCCCCCUCCUCGCGGCCGGGACCGAGUACGCGCUGCAGCUGCCGGUGCCCAUCCGGCUCUUCGACCGCUGCAGCCAGACCUACCGCCCCGCCGACGAAGACGCGGACGCGAGCGCCGACAGCGAGGCCGCCGCCGCAGCCUUGCUCUUCGACGACAACGCCGCAGUCUUCGCCGACGCAGAGCGCCUGCCGUCGCCGCUCGGCGAGGCCUGCCUCCCGCCGGUCGGGCCGUCCGCGCUUGACGAGGGGCUGCUCGCCCCGCCCACCCCGCCGCCCAUGUCCAUCGACGUCUCCGCGACGCAGCCCGCCGAGCCGGCGGCGGCGGGCGAGCCCCUGCUUCUCCGCGAGCUGCUCAGCGAGGUCGCGUCGAGCGCUGUCGACCCGUGUGCGCGCCAGCUCGGACCGGAGGCGAUCGAGUCGUGCUUCGACGCGAUCGCCCUCGUCACCCUGCACGGCCUCGAGGAGGGGCCGGUCCGGCCAAAGUUCGAGCGCGUGUCCCGACCCGUGAUCGAGACGUGGUGCGACUGGUUCCCGGGCGCGCGCGAGGGCGCUGCUGCCGCGACUGAGGCGGGCCGGCGGCGCGGCGUCAAUCCGCUCGACGACUCGGCCCUCGCCGCCCUGGCGGACAGGCUGUUCGAGUCGGUGGUCCUCGCCGCGAUCGGCGACACGGUGGCGCACGACAUGCUCGACCUCGCCACCCAUGGCGCAACAGCCUCGCAGACGGUCUACAACGGGAAGAGGAUUGGAGCGGUCGAGACUUCCGUCGCGGGCUGCUUCUUUGUCCACUUCCCGGUCGAGGCGGACGAGGAGGCGUCCCUCCAAAGCCUGGCCCAGAGCACCUCCACGCCGCCGUUCUCCGUCUCGACCCCGCCCUCGCCGCCCGCGCCGGCGUGGCCCGCGCCGCCCGUGUCGUGCUUCGAGGCGCUGCCCUCGCCGUCGCGACGCACCGCGGAGGGUGGCUCGCCCGACGGCGGCGGCCACCUCCUCAACGUGUGGGGCGAGCUUCUCGAGCCCGUGGGGCGGCAUGGCGCCAGCCGCCUCCCCUUCCUCCUCUGCCGCGAGGGACACAUCCCCGCGCGCAGCCUCGCCGCGGCGAUGGGGGUCGGCGCGGGCCAGUUCCUCUACCUCGGCCCCAUCCUCCUCGCCUCCGGGACGCCGCACGCUGUCCGCUCCGCCGAAGCGGGGCAGGCGUGGGCAGAAUACGCCUCCGACGGGCUCACCGCGGCGCAGGUCGUGGCACUCUGUGCGGCGCGGCUGCUGCACGGGGCGGCGCGGCUGCUGCACGGGCACUCCAUCGCGAUCGCCGUACGCACGUACGUACCCGCGCUCGUCUUCGUCGGCGCCAACAUCGCUUGCUCCGUCAAGUCGGAGGCGCCGUACCCUCGCACGCUCCGAAACCUCGAGCUCUUCCGCCUCGCGACGCUCUGCGUGGCCGCCCUCUCUCGCGCCCGAUCCAGCAGCCACCUGCCCUCCCCCUUCCUCCGCGUCGUCGCGUGGCUGUUGCCCACGCUCUCCGCCGCCAUCGCCGCGGCCAGUGUCGCCCUCACCAGUCGGGCAAAGCCAGCCUCACCGCGAGAGGUGGUGCGAUUCGUGCUGUGCGGCGAGUCGGCGCUGCGUAUCCUCAUCCUCCUCGCCUCGCUCCUCCUCCUCCCCGACGCCGGCACCCGCCUCUCCGAUGUCCCCUCCGCCCUGCCGUCCAACGGCGACGGGACGGGCGACAUCAGCGCGCUGGAGGAGCUCGUCUUCUGCUGCGGCUGCGUCCUGGCGAGCGCGUAUGUCUGGACGGCCGUUGAGGCGUGCGCUUCUGCCCUCCGCCCGUCGCGACGGCGCUUGAGCCGAUGCCUCUCGCGCACCGAGGCGGGAAGCCACCGCCAGCAGCAGAGACAGCAUGUGUAGGCUUGGCUCGGUGUACUCUAGAGGCAUGUGCGGGGAUGUGCGACCUCACGCAUCUUGCUUUGGUAUGCUUUGGUAUGUGGCCGCGUCGAGUACAGUACUGUGGGUGUAGUUUUUCGUCGCCGUUCCGUCAUGUGCUGCGCGGUGGUUUUCUCGUUGGAGACCGGUGAGCGGUGUGUGAUGUGUGUGCGUGGAGAGCACCAGCGACCAGUGCUAGUACCUAGUGUGUAUGUCCCUCCUCCUGUCGAGGAGAGCGAAAGCGUAAAUAGAAAUAAAAAAUUACUUU